AGCUCACAGUUCAACUCAGUUUAGAAGAGGACAGUGAGGAGAGCAGAUCCACCAGACAGACACUGGACACUGAGACGGACAGACCGGGACAUAUAGGGACAUUCCUGCUGUGGUCGGACCUCCAGGAACCUUUAGAGGAACCACAGGAACCCCCAGUAGAACCACUUCAACCUGGACUGAGUCAAAGUUUCUCUGCAUACUUGCAGCUGGACGUUGUGAGGACAUUGUGAGGACGUUGUGAGGGGACAGUGAAUGGUCUAUCCACUGCACUGAUCUGAUCUGCACUAACCGGACUCUGAUUGGACGGCUGCUGCUGGUCCGGAUGCCGGUGGACGUGGUGAUCGCCCCCCCGCUGUGGUCAGAGAUGCACGAGAGCGAGAUGAAGCUGAAGAUCCGCGUCCGGCGCAUUAAAGAGGGACGAGACCUCCGAGGAGGCUUCGCCGCCUUCACCUCCUGCUUCCCUGAUCUGUGUGAGAGUAAACAGGGAUCUAUACUGCCCCUCAGCUUCUCCCAGCCCUGCCUACCUGUGGCCAACAUUGGCCCCACCUGCAUCCUGCCCCACCUGUACCUGGGCUCACAGAAGGACGUCUUCAACAAGGAGCUCAUGGCUCAGAACGGCAUCACCUACGUCCUGAACGCCAGCAACACCUGCCCCAAACCAGACUUUAUCAGCGAGAACCACUUCCUGCGCAUUCCCGUCAACGACAGCUACUGUGAAAAGCUGCUGCCCUGGCUGGAGAAAACCAACAAAUUCAUCGACAAAGCCAAAGUGUCAAACUGUAGAGUCAUUGUUCACUGUCUGGCAGGAAUAUCCCGCUCCGCAACCAUUGCCAUCGCUUACAUCAUGAAAACCAUGGGCUUGUCAUCGGAUGAUGCCUACAGGUUUGUGAAGGACCUUCGUCCCUCAAUAUCCCCCAACUUCAACUUCCUAGGACAGCUGCUGGAGUUUGAGCGAGACUUAAAGCUGAAGACGUCCAUACCCUGCAGUCCUCUGAGGUCUGACCAUCUCGAGGAGGACGCAAAGGUCAUAGUGGAGCAGAACAUGGAGAACAGUCGCCCUUACCAGAGAACCCAAGAAACUGCAGUGGUAAAAACCAAGCCACCACGGUGUCUUGACCCACGCAAGUCACCAACCUCACUUCAGAAGGACCUCAGCAGCCUUAACCUGACUACAGACCAAAUUCUGCACAGCAACCGCCUCAAAUGCUCCUUCUCCCUCGACAUCAAGUCGGUCUACUCUUCAAAUCAACAUGGUAACUCUCAAUCGGACUCAGAAAACAUCCCCAAACUUUUCAAACUGGACAGUCCAAAGAGCGACGCCAAUGACCCAAGACAACCAGUUGGGUCAUGGUGCGUUGGGUCAUCACCUGUGGUGAUAGAAUCAAAGCUCAGUCACCAGGUAGAGAGACAAGACAGUGGUAGAGCUUAUCACGAGAGGUUGUCAUCCACCAAAACUCUUUCGCUCAACCUAAACCGAAGUCAACAAAGCCAAGGUGUUUGCGAUUCCGUCGCCAAUCGCAAAGCAUCGGUUUUUCUAAGCUUGCCCCUGGACAACUCGGGCAUCUGGACCAAGCACAGAAGCACAACGCAAGCCACCACACCGGUCACGCCCACAGAAGAUCACCCGUGGUUCUGUUCUGGUUCAGAUCCAGAUGUUUCCUCAAAGAUGAUGUCCUCCAGUGGCACCAUGCGGUCGUACCUCGGUGGUACUUCGGCUUACUCAGCGUUGAGCAGUUCUUCCAGUUCCAGUGUGCAGAUGUCUUGGGACAAACCCCAGGUUCCAGAGGUACAGUUUAAGAGGCGGAGCUGCCAGAUGGAAUUUGAGGAAAUCAUAAGUACAGCUAGUGGAACCGAAGAGUUUGGGAAGCUCGGGAAGAUCGGGAAGCUUGGGAAGCAGUCGAGUUUCUCCGGAAGCAUGGAGGUCAUCAAGGUGUCGUGACGGAAAAGGGGUUAAACUUGAUUUGACUGUGGACACUGUGAAGCUGAAGCCUCCAGUCGCAGGAAAGAAGCUUUAAAUGGACUAUUAGUAGUAGUAUUAUUAUUUCAAGGACCUAUUAACGAUCUGUCUUAUGGUCUUAUCAUUUCACCAGAAUGGACGGAAAUCACUUGGGUGAUACCAAAGUAAUUAUAUAAUUAUAUUUUGGAAUGGACGACAUCUUGCAUGUCUUGCAGAUGCAUGCGAUUAUGAGCCGUCACAAGCCUUUUUGCUCUCCAAAGGACAUCGGCGUCCAAAGUGUGACAGAACUUUGGUGCUCUUCCCUACUUUUCUGUGAAAGGGACGAUGGAGUAAAUGACACAUGUCACACCAAAGGACAAAAUACGUAGAACUUUCGUAAAAAAGACCUGUCAUCUUGAGGUACCCUCCAUAUGAAGGAUUCACAGCAGUUGGGAUGUUUAUUUUAUUUUAUUACCGCAUGGCUAAAAAACGAAAGAAACAAUGUUAAUAUGAAUGAACUCUUAAGGAUUUUGCAGUAGAUUGUCUCCAAAGUAAAAAAAGUACACUACCGGUCAAAAGUUUUAGAACACCCCCUAUUUUGUAUUAAUGACUUUAUUACCUCACUUUACCAGUAAAAAUCACCAAAAAAUGUUAUUUUCUUCUCUGAUGAAACUAAGACUUCCAGUCCUUAACCAUGCUAAUCUGAGCUAAAGGCUAAGGCUGCUGUUUCCAUGUGGGUCAGCCAGACGUCUUCCUGUAGCAGUUUUUUUUCUCCAGUUUCUAAGAGUCUUUAUUUGAAGGUGUAGAAACAGAACUCACCGCUCUCUGACUUCAUCUGUAAUUUCUUUAAAGAAAAGAAAGAACUUCUAUUUUUAAUAGUUUUAACAGAGUUCUCGGUGUUUCUGUGUUUUUUUUUUCUAGUUAUUAUGAUGAAAGUGUGACUUUGGAAAGGCUUUGGAAAUUGACAUUUAAAAAAAAAAUCAACCUGUUAACCAAUUAAUUAUUUGCUAAAAUCAAUA